AUGAUGUUGGAUGCAUCAGCCAAAUUACCAUCGGGUAUCCUCCAGGGAAACCUGAAUCAAUUUGGUGAUUUCGAUGAAUGCCUCUCGAUCAAUGCCGUGUUUAAAAAACCAUACGGUGACGAACCUUCAGGUAUACGUGGAAAAUACUGUCUUGCAAACAUAGACGUAUCGACAAACCUGAAAAAUAGCACUCUUGAUAAAACUCUGGAUAGAGCUAAAAGUUUUUCAUUUGUCAAAAGCACAAUUUACGAUCCUGGACACUUUAUUCCAAAAUUUUCAUCAAUUAAUUGGGGUUUAUGUGUUCCGGACACGUGUCAAGCAGACGACGUUAAAAAAAUGAUUGAUUCACAACUUAGAGAAAUUAACGUAACGACAAAUUUGAUUAUUGAAAUAAACGUUGACGAUGAUAAUUGCAUUGUAAAAAGCGACGUCGGAUUUAAGUUUAACUUAUCAUUGAUUAUGGUUUUGUAA